UCAGUCUAUACUUGUAUUUAGAUGGAACGGACGUUAGCGGUCCGUUGACGCGUUGACAUCGUCGUAGCCGUUUGAACUUACUAAUUAAUACUUACCGUUCAGUAAAACUAGCUUCUAAACAAAGCUUGCGUAAAUCACAGUGAAUUAUUAUCCCCUGAGAAUUUCUAAACUUCGGAGGCUUCUCUUAUUAACGUGUUCGAAAUGGCUUGCACUUGUGAGGUAAUCGGCCUGGCCUGCAUUGUGGCUCUUAUCUUAAGUAUAUCUGCCAAGGCUCCAUACCAAAUGCGUAUGUUCAUCGUGUACUUUGGAGCGGGAGCUAUAGUCAUGUUAUGUGUGCCCUUUAUGAUCUUGCGACCCCGAGACUAUCGCAAUGCGCUGGUUCCAUCCUGGUGCUUCCGACAGUUAUGCAAAUUAAUGGGCAUAACCAUGGAAGUGAGAGGUCUGGAGAAUGUACGCACAAAUCAUGGCAGUGUAAUCCUGAUGAAUCAUCAAAGUGCAUUGGAUCUGUGUGUACUGUCGUAUCUGUGGCCAGUGAUUGGACGUGCCACUGUGGUGGCCAAGAAGGAAAUACUCUAUCUACCAUUCUUUGGCAUUGGUGCCUGGCUAUGGGGUACUCUGUAUAUAAAUCGUUCACGUAAAUCCGAUUCGAUUAAUUCACUGCAAAAGGAGGCCAAGGCUAUACAGCAGCGGAAUUGCAAGUUAUUACUCUUCCCAGAGGGUACACGUAACUCCAAGGAUACACUAUUGCCCUUUAAGAAGGGCUCCUUUCACAUUGCCAUGCAGAGCAAGUGUCCCAUUCAGCCGGUAAUCAUAUCUAAAUAUGCCUUUAUGGAUGAUGAUAAGAAAACUUUCCGACCUGGUCACGCUCUGAUUCAAAUUCUACCAGAAAUACCGACGGACAAGUAUGAGAAGGAUGAUAUGGAUAAGCUAAUUGAUGAUUGUCGCAAUAUCAUGCAAGCGGAAUACACAAAAUUAACGAAGGAAGGCUUAGCCUUGAAUUCGAAAAAGCGGGCAUAGAACUGCCAUAGGCUAUAUAUAUUAUAUAUAAACUCAGGUUACAGACACACACACACACACACAAAACCCAUGCAUAGUUCCUAUUUGGAAUAUCUUUUUGGAGCUUUUGUUGUUUUUUCUUCGAUCUACAAGAUUGUCUUUAAGUAUGAGAAAUGAAUCAAAAUGUUACGAAUUGCGGAUAUGUAAAGUUA